UAUUAUCAGAGCGGAAGUAGUGUUAGGAGCCAGUUGACACAUCAUGGCGAACGACAGCAUGAACGAGUUUGUCUCCUAUGUGAAAAAUGGUGUUCAAGCCGGAGAUCCAACAGUCAUCGGUAUUUUAGUCGCCGUCGUUGUAGGAUUGUUAACUCUUGUAAUAUUUGCCUUCCUUAGUGGGAAACAAAACAAAAGACGAGGCGUCCUGCUCCUUGGUAUUUGUGAUGCUGGCAAGACCCUGCUUUUCUCAAGGCUUGUGUACAAGGCAUACAAGGAGACCUAUACAUCCACCAAGUCAAACUCGGGGAGUUACACGGUGGCAGACACAAAUAAAAGUCUGCGAGUCAUCGACCUGCCUGGCCAUGAGAGAUUAAGGUUCCAAACAAUGGAGGAUAACAAGGGGCUUGCAAGGGCCAUCAUUUUUGUCAUCGACAGCUUGAAUUUUCAGAAGGAGAUUAAGGAGGUGGCUGAGUUGCUCUACACUGCACUCAGCGACAGCACCAUCUCCAGUCUGGCUCCACCCAUUCUGAUAGUGUGUAACAAACAGGAUAUGACCCUAGCCAAGGGGCCAAAGGUCAUCCAGGGUCAACUGGAGAAAGAGAUGAAUACUCUGAGAGUGACCAGAUCCGCUGCUCUUCAAGGCACAGACAACAUAUCCAAUAACAACACAUAUCUAGGCAAAAGAAACAAGGACUUUGAGUUUUCAGAUGUUAAGCCUUUCAAGAUCACAUUCGCAGAAUGCAGUUGCAAGGGCAAGGGAGAUAACUCUAAAGCUGAUCUGUCUGAGGUGGAAUCAUGGCUGUGCAAGGUCGCCUAAGCCAGUGUGUGUCAUUUUUGUAGCAAAGUGUAUAAAAUUUCAUCACAACAUUA